GCUAUAUUAAAUAUCAAUCAUUAUUUCAAGUGUCACAACAAUAACAUUUUCAGAACGUCGGUUCACAAUUAUUUUGCCUGUGGUAGUGCACUAAGAAGAAAGAAGCAAACAAAACACGAAGCCUUAGCAGCUUACCCACCAAUAAUGUAGCGCCUCCUCAACGGAAACUGAAGUGCAUUUCACCAAUCUUGCAAAUAAGAACUAGUCCUAUGAAUUUAAAUACUGCAAAACUACAGCCUGAAGCUGCUAGUGUCCAUAAGAUUUAACUUCAUUUACGAUUUGGCAGGGGUGCGAUCCCUUCACUUCACCCAACAAUGCAUUGCUUCAUUAAAAGAUGGUUAUGCCUGUCCACAGUCUUUCUACCAGGGCAGAUGAAUUUCACCGUAUAUCAACACCCGGAAUCUAUCACCGUGUCCGCAGGGUCUAACAUCACACUGAGCUGUUCCUUCACUGCACCGGAAUUCGCGAACUUGACCCAAGUGAGAUGGUAUAAAAUAUUAAACCAGAGUGAGGAUUUCCAAGUCAUCAAAGAAUCUAAAUUAAAGUCAGUACUUGCUAAUCGCUUUUACCUCAGCAAUGAAUCUUCAGAUUCUCUGCAACUGCACCUGGCGCUUGUUGGUUCUGCUGAUAGCGGCACAUAUAUUUGUGAAGUAACGAGAUGGAUACCGAGUCCACUUAUAAGAAUGUCAGGGAACGGCACAGCUGUCACGGUGACAGACGAAGACCCUGUCGUUAUCGGUUCCAGGAGCUUUUUGACAGAAGUUCUGCUGUACAGCGCACUAAGUUUAAUGCCGCUGAUCGUCGUGGCACUAAUUCUGAGGUGCACAAGAGCAAAGAAAAGGGGUAGGGACUUAAAUCCGAAUUCCGACCAGGAAAAGAAUUCUGUUCUGAAUAAAUCGGAGAAGCCUUCAGUAACCAACGUUUGUUACGCAGAAGUGGCAUUUCUGAAAAAGACGCGCCGGGGAGAAAAUACCAGCACCCACAACAAGAUAGUUCCGGGAGGACCACAGUCAAAGGUAGCAGAGACCUGCGUGAAGAAGUCCGAGGAGCGGCCUGAGAUUGUAUAUUCUUUAAUCACACAGUGUAAACGUUAAUAUGCAAUUAAACACUCCUUUACCGCUGUCGCCGUGAAGAGUGCCAGUUUUUUUUAAA